AUGCCCACAACUACCACCACUACGCAGCCUGGUUCUCAAACUCCGCCUGCUACCACCACCACUCCUUGUGAGACUGAGACGACGACUCCACAUGGCUCGCAGCCCGUCACCCACAGCACGUCCACAACCACCACUCCUUGUGAGACUGAGACGACGACUCCACAUGGCUCGCAGCCCGUCACCCACAGCACGUCCACAACCACCACUCCUUGUGAGACUGAGACGACUACUCCGCAUGGCUCGCAGCCCGUCACUCACAGCAUGCCCACAACUACCACCACUACGCAGCCUGGUUCUCAAACUCCGCCUGCUACCACCACCACUCCUUGUGAGACUGAGACGACGACACCACAUGGCUCGCAGCCCAUCACCCACAGCACGUCCGCAGUUUCCACUCCUUGCGAGACCACUGCCACACCUAGCGCACCGCUCACCACUACCAUGACCACCGUGUACACCACCACAACCUGCCCUGUGACUUGGACUACCGUUGUCACCGGCUCUUCCACUAUCACCCAGCCUGUGACUGCGACCAGCACACUUACCAUCACUUCCGUGGUCACCUGCAGUGAAGGCUGCCCUAAGCCUACAUCAGUGCCUGCCACCACGGUAGUUGUACCUGCUCCUAUCACCACGACCAUGACCACUGUGUACACCACAACGACUUGCCCUGUCACGUGGAGUACCGUUGUUACCGGCUCUUCUACUAUCACUAAACCUGUGACUGCCACGAGCACCCUGACUAUCACCUCUGUGGUCACCUGUAGUGGAGGAUGCCCUCAGCCUACUUCCUCAGUCCCGGCGACGACCGUUGCUGUACCUCCCCCAGUCGUUGUAUCGCAAACUACUGAGCCUGCUGCAACUCAGCCAUCGGCAACUCACACCGUCCCCGUCGGACCAGCUCCGGUUUCCUCUUCCCCCGUUGCUACCGAGCCUUCUCCUUCGGGAGUAGCACCCGUACACUCUUCGGCCCCUGCCUCCACUGUGACUAGCGCGGCGGGAACGACUGCACCUGUGGCCCCUGCUUCCACGAGCCCUGCUUACAAUGCUGGAUCCUCCCAAUUCCAGCGCUCCUUGAGCGGGCUGAUCCCAGCUCUGGCUGUGAUCUAUGCUCUGAUUUAA